AUGGCGAUGUACAUGAAAUACACGAGUUGCCUUUUCUCCGUGGAGAGAGGAAUGUUCCUCUCCAGGGCGAGCACAUUCAGUGUGGAAUGUAAACGUUAUGUUCGUGGGCUGAGACGGAGGCCGGUCAAGGUGAUGUUUCCCACGGACACACACGUAACAGCUGCAGGAGCCAAGGGUAAGAAGGACGUUAGAGUGAGUGAUGGCGGAGGCGACUUGAUGAAGGAGAGGAGCAACAUCAUGACGCAGGAGAGGAGCAACAUCAUGACGAAGGAGAGGAGCAACAUCAUGACGAAGGAGAGGAGCAACAUCAUGACGAAGGGGAGGAGCAACAUCAUGGCUAAGGAGAGGAGUAACAUCAUGGCGAAGGAGAGGAGCAACAUCAUGGCGAAGGGGAGGAGCAACAUCAUGACGAAGGAGAGGAGCAACAUCAUGACGAAGGAGAGGAGCAACAUCAGCGAGACAUCUAGUCAUGUGGCUGAUGAUAACAUAGAUGGCCUCCCGUUCGAGAGAGCGUCACCUGGGGAUAAACGUCUGGCGAGGCUGGUGAGCGUCGCUCGUUCCAGAACGUUCCGGGAGCAACAGGGUAAGGUGCUGCUGGAGGGUCGCCGUUUGAUCUGUGAUGCCUUGAAUUCAGGCGCCAUUCCUCAGACGGUCUUCGUCAGUACCGCCGACCGCCUGCGGGAGCUGCCCUUAGACCAGCUGAGGAGGGCCUCGCUGGUCAAAGUGAAGUUUGAAGACAUCAAGCUGUGGUCUGACCUGGUGGCCCCACAAGGAGUGAUAGCAAUAUUUUCCCGUCCUGACGCAUCACGGCUGCGCUUCACCGAGCGCACACAUUGCGUGCCUCUGACUCUCAUCUGUGACCAGGUGCGUGACCCUGGCAACCUGGGCACCAUGCUGAGAUGUGCUGCUGCUGCCGGCUGCCACAGCGUCCUGCUCACUAAAGGCUGUGUGGAUGUCUGGGAGCCAAAAGUCCUGCGAGCUGCGAUGGGCGCCCACUUCCAUCUGCCCAUUUAUUCCAGUUUGAGUUGGGAGGAAGUUGAGGAUCUUCUGCCUAAAGAGGUAACUGUGCAUGUGGCCGACAGCACCAGCAAAGCUGAUGGCAGCAACCAUCAGACAUCUCCGUCUCACGCACCUUCCAAAGCUGGCGACUUGGGCUGGGUGAGUGUAAAGUCUGGCCGUCAUCAGACACAAGUUGAGGAGGAUGACUGUGAGUAUGAGAGGCUCUCAGUGGACACCAGGCUGUACCACCAACACUGGGCCCACAGUCCCACUGCACUUGUAGUGGGAGGAGAGACUGAAGGUCUAAGCAUCCAAGCCAUCCAGGUGGCGGACAAGACCAAAGGCCACAGGCUUUGUAUUCCCAUUGUUCCUGCUGUGGACAGUUUGAACUCAGCCAUGGCUGCUAGUAUCCUGCUGUUUGAGGGCAGGAAGCAACUCUUAGAAGCAAUGCAAACUUCUACCAAGCAAUGUCAUCCAAAGCUGGACGUCAGCUUUCCUAAUAUUUAACACCAUUGUUGUCUGAAAAGUACACAUCCCUUACAUAAUAAAAUCACUACUGCUGUAACACUA